GAAGGUACUUGGCGUUCCUUGAUCGAUUUCUUCUGCUUGCUAUCGAUCCUUUUUUCUUCCCAUGGACGGUACGAAUCCUAACGGUGGCAUGUACAAUCACGACCAGCAAGGUGCGGGUCAGGGACAACCGCAACAUCCCCAGCAGCAACAAAUGCAGCACAUGACGCAGCAGCACCAGUUGCAGCAAAUGCUGGCGCAAACGCAGCAGCGCCAACAGGAACUGGCGCACCCGCAGCAGCCUCCGCAGAUGCAACAGCCUCCGCAGACAAUGCAAGCGCAACAGAUUCAACCGACGCCGAUGCAAGCGCAACAGAUUCAACCGACGCCGAUGAAACCUCAACAGGCGCCCCCGCAAAUGCAGCAGCAACAACAACAGCAGACGCAAGGCGACCCACAAUUGCAACGUCUUCCGAUUCGUGCUUAUCUCGACCAGACGGUCGUUCCUAUCUUGUUGGAUGGCAUGGCCGAACUCGUCAAGGAACGUCCGGCGAAGCCCAUUGAGUUUUUGGCCUCGUACUUGUUGCAACACGAUCCGCAGCGCGUGCCCAAAGCCGGAGGCCGGUAAAGGAAGAAGCGUCUAUCAAGCAGGCACGGGUCCUGGAAGUUGCGGGGAAGCUACCGUUGUGGCCGAAAUGGAAGAAUUAUUGUCUGACGAGAGGUGGAUGCGAUUGAAAUCUAUAAAAUCGGCUGCUUUGGUUUGUAGACGUUACGAUAAACUAGGUUUUUUUCGCUUCU